AUGAGCCUCUCGGAGGAUUCUGAGCCCAAAAGGCCCAAGGCGCCAAAGCCGGUGACAUUUCAGCUGGCCCACCUGCAGGCUGGCCGAAAAACCUGGCAUGAUGGUGCCAGCGGUGGAGCUGUGACCUUUCCCUCCUGCUUUGGUGGUGCCGCGAAGCCCGUGCCGAAGAAGGAGGUGCUGCUGCUUGGCAAGGUGCUAUUUGGCCGACAGCGCUUUGCCUUUGAGCUGCAGGAGGUGAACCACUCGCCGGCGGCCGUGAGGAAGAUUCUAGACAAGGCCAAGGAGAUGCAAAACGCCAGGUUUGGAUGCUGGUCAGAUGACGAGGGCAGCCAGGCCAAGGAAUUGAGCAUCUUCGAUGUGGUGCGGGCAGACGAGCUAACUGCCAAGCACUCUAUCCAGGUGAAGUUCCAGGAUAUUGAGCGCAUAGAUGUGGCCGGUUCUGCGGUGACGUUGUCUUUGAGCAAAGCCCCACAGUGCUAUGUGAAGCCAGAAGGUGAGAUGUCCAUUGUGCAAAUGGAGGUCGCGAAGGACAUCACUGGAGGAGCUCGCAGCAUCACAUUCACCGCAGGGCCCGGUGAACAGGGUGAACGCCUUUUGCGGCAGAAGUCUGACACCGCGAGCUUCUCCGAGGUUCAGCGUCUGAUCUCUGCGUUCUCCCCGCGCAUGGACGCUCUCUUCCGCGGCGUUGCGCCCAGGCCAGUGGCCACGCCCGCACGGAAGAGGAAGAACUCGGAGCCCGCUGGCGCGGAGAAGAAGCCGCGCGCAGAUCUUACGGUGCUGCUGAAAGACAUCGCAGCACCCAAGGGCAGCUGGCUGCGCCAGGCUGUGGAGCGGUUUCAGCUGAAGGGCAUGGUGGGCAGUGUCUUGGAGUCCCAAUGGAAGGAGUAUUUCAGAGAGCGGGUGGUGCUUGAGAUGGACAGGCAGACAUCGUUGACCUCUGAAGAUUCGGAGGAAGAAGAGGAGGAGGAAGUUGUUUGGCCAGACUGCUUGGGCGAGCGGCCAGAAUUUGAUGGCCUGUGCUACGAGUCUUACCGUGAGAAAGAAGAGGAGCGCGAAUUUGCCAGCGAAGUCUUGGAGGGCAUCCGCACCUCUGUGGAGGCCACCAUAAAAUCCAGCGCAUUGAAGCUGGACCCAGAAGCUUUCGCCCAAGGCGUGUUCUUGCUUUCCUACGACAUUAACAGUGAGGAUGUGGACACCCCGCGAACGGUGGAGGCAACUGCUCGGAUCUAUGCACCCAAUGCUACAGGCAACUAUUUGGACCUUAGCUACACGAACCACCACCGCGUGCGCAUGAGCUUCACCGAGCGAUUCUCCCAUCUUUACGUCACCCGAAGUGGGCCCAACAUAGAGCCCACCGCGCCCCGCUUGAAUGGCAAGCAGGGGGAGAAAAUCUUCGACUUGGACUACAACGAGCACCGACGGAAGAAUCCAGUGAAGAGGUCUUUGGCCUCCAACGCCACGUUGGCGAGUCUGGGGUGCCACCUCUUCGGCGAAAUGGGCGCCAUGAGCAACCGCAAGAUCUUCGGGCUGCUUGUUCGCGCAGUCGGCCUGGGGAAGUUCGGGGAGGUCAACGGCUGGCCCAUCGCUAUGGGCGUCGGCUACCUGAAGCACCCUGAUGCUGCGUACACCUUCGCUUUCAGCUGCUCGGCACGCCAUGAUCAGCACAACCCAAAGCUGAAGAAGCGAAUGGGCCUCAAGGACCGGGCUGUGGCGUUUGUCUACGUGCCGCUGGUUGCCAUGAGCUGGCAUGGUAUGCUCUACCUCCGAAGAGUGCGGGGAAUGGUGCCAGGUGCUCACAACUACUGUCAUCCCUGGCGCGUCAAGUGCAGUGGCAGCAGGCAGGCACUCGAGCUGCUGGCAUUGGCGGAGCGGCGCUACGGUGUGCAUGCGCACCACACUACUGGGGCCCUGAGCGCGCUACACCGCGCUCACCGCUGGCAGCGCGCGGCGCAUUUGCUGUGGCGGGGCGUCUCACUGCGGCUGCAGCUGGAGUGGACGAAGGAUGUGGUCAGCCUGAGCUGCCUUGCCUCCGCAUACGAGCGCGGCUCCGCCUGGCAAGGGGCGCUGGCGCUGGUGUUCCAGGAGAUGGCCUGUGCCCAGUUGCGGCCCAACGCCGUGGCGCUCACUGCGGCGCUUCGGGCUUGUGGCCGAACCAACAAGGUGGGCAAGCUGCAGAUGAGGAGCUGGGAGUUGGAUUCCGUGGCUCUCUCAUCGCUAGCCGCGGCUUAUGAGAAGGCGUCCCAAUGGGAGCAUGCCCUGGAAUUUGCUAAGAUUGGCAUUGAUGCCAAGCUGCCGCUGUAUGGAGUGGUCGCUGGCGCCUGUGAGAAGGCAAGCCUCUGGCGGGAAGCCUUGGCACUUCUCCCGCAAAUGGCCACCCGCCUGUUGCAGCCCAAUGAGUUGGUGGUAAAUAGCCUCCUCAGCAACCUGCAGCAGAGCGCCCAGUGGCAGCGGGCGUUGGCGCUCUUCAAGGACCUGCCAGGCGUGGACUCUGUUGGGCUGCACGCCAUCUUCAACGCCUGUGAGGAGGGAGGCGUACGAGUUCUUCCGGAGGAGCUGUUCAUUUCACCAUUGCCUUCAAGGCAGCCACGCGCGCGUGAGCGCCUGCAGGGCGAGCGGGUGUUACGGGUCCAGGAGCUGCAAAACAGGGGGCUGCUGCCGGCUCUGGCCCGCUUUGCCUUCCGGCGCCAAGUGCUCAAUGGCCUGCAAGAUUGGUUGAGGUCUCGCCCAGAUCAAAGCGACGCCCCUGUAGAUGUCUUGGAUGUGGGUAUGGGCUUCACUCGGGAAGUGCUGAUCUCCUUCCACGCGGCCAAUGAGGGUGAAAGAUGUGUUCCUUCCCCUGCCGCCUUGGUAACAGCUUCUCUUGGUCUAUUUCCCCGGAGGCCUCUUCUGUGGGCAUUAGGCCUCCAAGCAGAUGCCUUGCUCUACCGAGAGGGCGUGCUGCUGCUGCAGGAACGAAUUCAGCUGCCAUCCGUCCAGCGGCCGGGCAUGCCGUGCAAAGCAUUGCAAAAUGACUUCAUCAGAAACAAUCGCGGCAUCAACGAAGGGGAGGACAUCCCUCAGGUCCAGAAGCAAGUCUUCGAGAGCAUCCGUCAGGACGAGAUCAAGACUCCCAGUUCUCUGGGAGAGGUUCCGGGGUUCGGCUUGGACUCCUUGCACGCGGGCGUGGUAGCCUUCUUGAGGUGUGCCAGCCUCUCUGGCCAAGCCGGGGGAUUUCUGAGACGCCUGGGCCUGUCCUUCCGCAACGCCCUGGCCCGGGCACCCGGCUGA